AUGCUAAGAGACCUUGCGUUUGAGACGCCCGUCGGUGAGUUGACUGCACGAGGCGUUGCGGUGUGUGGCAGCGACCCGUUCGACACGUCCAUCGCGGAGUGCCUGCCGCCCGGCCGCGCCGAGCUGCGCCUCCUGGAGUCAGAGCUGGUGGGCGAGCCUAGCGCCGAGCGCCGACUCUCCGACCCCGAGUUCGACCCCCGCGCCGGCGAGGCGGUCCCGAUCCCCGGCCCCGCCCCCGCGCCGGCCCCGCUGCCCCCGCAGCCACUUCACGACCAGCCGGCCAAGGGUGCCAACCCGUUCCUGGUGGGCGGGCCGUUCGCGCCCGCGCCGGCCGCGGCGCCCGCCGCCCCGCCGCCCACCUCCAACCCGUUCCUGUGCGGCGACGACGACUUCGGCUCCGCCCCCGCCGACGCCGCCGCCGCCGCCCCCGCCGACGCCAACCCGUUCCUAAGCGCGCUGGGCGGCGGAGGCGGCGACCUCAGCACCGGGGCGGCGCUGUUCGGCGGCGGGGCGCCCGCCGCCUCCACCAACCCCUUCGCCUCCUUCGGCCUGGACGACGCGCCCGCCCCCACCACCGGCCUCGACCUCUUCGGUGAGUGGCGGCGGCCGCUGCCUGCAACGACCUCG